AUGGGGGAAAUGAAUCAAAGCCGUGUCGAUUUUUUACUAGAAGGAUUUUCCAAUCUUGGCCAGUACCAGGUGUGUCUCUUUUUGUUGUUUCUCAUUGCCUUCCUUCUGACUCUUACUGGGAACAUGCUCAUCAUCUUGAUUGUACACUACUAUGAUCAGCUUCAUAGUCCUAUGUAUUUCUUCAUCACCAACCUGUCCAUACUGGAGGUAUGGUACAUUUCUACCACCGUACCAAAGCUUCUCACUGUUAUGGUGACAAAUGACACUAGAAUUUCUUUCCAGUGGUGCUUUGCUCAAUUGUAUUUAUUCCAUAGUUUGGGUAUCACAGAGUGCAACCUGUUGGCUGCCAUGGCCUUUGACCGAUGUAUGGCAAUAUGUAACCCUCUGAGGUACACCACCAUAAUGAGUGUAAAAAUGUGUAGAUGUCUGGCUUCGGUGUGUUGGUGCUGUGGGUUUAUGAUGGCAUGCAUUCCUAUAACACUAACUGCAAGAGUGUCCUUCUGUGGACCUUACCAUCUGAAACACUACUUCUGUGAUCUAGCACCACUUUUACGGCUGGCUUGUAUAGAGACUCCCUUGACUGAGUCUGUCAACCGUUUUGUUGGAGGCUUUGCAACAUUGUUCAACCUUUCAAUUGUCAUAAUCAUGUAUUUAAGUAUUAUAGCAGCCAUUAUCAAGAUCAAAUCCAACACGGGUCGAAGUAAGGCUUUCUCCACCUGCUCCUCACACCUCAUUGUAGUGACACUUUUUUAUAGUUCUUCUUGCAUUGUGUAUGCCAGCCCAAAAGGGUCCCGUCCAGCAGUCUUUGACAAGAUGCUUGCCCUCGUAUAUGCCAUGUUUACCCCCCUUUUCAAUCCAAUCAUUUAUAGCUUUAGGAAUAAGGCAGUAAAGGAAGCUAUGAAGAAUGGAAUCCAGAGGUUUCAAAGUGAAAUGUGGUGUAUACAGGUGCAGGUCCCUAAACCAUUAACAUUAAAAUGAACUGAGAGAAAUUUAUUUUUCAAGGAAAUAGAAACAUAGAAUUCGAUAGUUGGACACAUAUGGAUGUGAAAUGGUCAAUCUGUUCUUCCCAUUGUAUAUUUUAUUUUGAUGGAGUUUCCUGUUUAGGACACUGAUUGAUUAAGACCAAUUUGUUUUGAACCUUUAUCAGUCACUAAGACUCUCUACUACCUCAUCUGGAAGGCUAUUCCAUGCAUCGCCAACUCUCUGAUUAGAAAAAAAGCAUUAGAAAAGGUGUGUGCUCUCCAAUCCAAUUCCAAGGUAAUUCUCCCCAAAUUCACUCAAUAAGAUGAACAGAUUCAUCUCCUCCUUGUCCUUAUUUCAUGCACAGCAAUAGGGUGUGAACUGUACGG